AUGGCUACCUUAGUUAUUUCAAAUUCAAACGUCCGACGACCAUCGAAUUUUCCGAUGAUCGACCAGGUGUUCGACCUCGACGAGGUUCUCACCUUAGCCGAGGAUUCAACUCCACCCUCUGAUGGCGAUGAUCAGACCACAGAAGUCGUUAGAGAUUCGGUGGCAGCACAACCCAACAAGUAUACACAUGCAACAGAUCAUCAAACGGCGUCGUCGGGAACGGUAACGGCGCUAAACGUAGAAUAUUCUUGCAUGGUUUGUAUGGAAAGCUUCCACUACUCCGGCGGCCGAUCCGGUGUACGAAUCUCCUGUGGACACGUGUACCACGCAGAUUGUAUCGCCGCUUGGCUUUCCGUCUGCGAUUCCUGCCCUCUCUGCCGCUGCCGCAUCUCCGCCGCCGAACAAUUUUCUUGUGCCGUCGGCAAGCAACGUAACUGA